AUGUCUAGUAUCCCAGUAAAUGUUAUUGUGACUAUGUCUAGUACCCCAGUAAAUGUCAUUGUGACUAUGUCUAGUACCCCAGUAAAUGUCAUUGUGACUAUGUCUAGUACACCAGUAAAUGUCAUUGGGACUAUGUCUAGUACACCAGUAAAUGUCAUUGUGACUAUGUCCAGUACACCAGUAAAUGUCAUUGUGACUAUGUCUAGUACACCAGUAAAUGUCAUUGUGACUAUGUCUAGUACACCAGUAAAUGUCAUUGUGACUAUGUCUAGUACCCCAGUAAAUGUCAUUGUGACUAUGUCUAGUACACCAGUCAAUGUCAUUGUGACUAUGUCUAGUACCCCAGUAAAUGUCAUUGUGACUAUGUCUAGUACACCAGUAAAUGUCAUUGUGACCAUGUCUAGUACCCCAGUAAAUGUUAUUGUGACGUCUAGUACCCCAGUAAAUGUUAUUGUGACUAUGCCCAGUACCCCAGUAAAUGUCAUUGUGACUAUGUCUAGUACCCCAGUAAAUGUUAUUGUGACUAUGUCUAGUACCCCAGUAAAUGUCAUUGUGACCAUGUCUAGUACCCCAGUAAAUGUUAUUGUGACCAUGUCUUAG